GAGAGAGAGAGAGAGAGAGAGAGAGAGAGAGAGAGAGAGAUUCACUUUAUCGUCACCCAACGACUGUCUAAACGGAAAACUACGUUAGCCGACAAACUUCAAGUUUCGCCAUCAAGACCUCAAUGCGACACUACUAAACACCCCAAUAGUGCUUUAUAAAAAGAUAACACAUUUAUUUAAUUAAUUUUUUAUUCAUUCAAUUAUUAUUAUUUAGUUUUUAUUUUCUUUUUUCUAUUGUGGUAUUAUCCCAGGGUCUAAGACUGGCUCCAACCGCGAACAGAUCGGAUCCCAGAUGUCUGAGUGCGUGGCAGACAUUGUGGACUCAGGGAAGGCCAGGGACGCAGAGGCCAGUGGCCCGAGCGAAAUGGACCCACACAACGGGCCGCCGCGAGCAGAGGCGGAACCGGCCGACGAGCGCUCGCUAGCAGGAAACGAAUUCUCCACCAAUGAGAGAGAGCAGCUCCUCCCCUCCACACCCGCCCACAAAACUGGAGAAGACCUCGCCUUACCUCAGCCUGAAUGCCCGCCCCCCUCAGCUAGCUACACAGAGGCCCCUCCGCCUUAUGUGAACGGCCACUCCCACCCAAAGGGCGUGUCCAACGGAGCCCCGCCCAUCUGCACGCCCCCUCAGCUUCAGGUUCCCGUCAGAUGCCUCCAGAACCAUCGCCCUGGCAACGGGAAGCGUCUGACUACCUCCAGCUACAAGAGCCAGCAUAGCAUCAAAUGCACCGCCUCCCACAUGCAGCAAUCAGCUGGAGAAGACCGCUGUGUGCACUGCAUCCUGGCCUGCCUGUUCUGUGAGUUCCUGUCUCUAUGCUCCCUAUUGGUGGAAUGCGUGGCUUGUGGGCGGGGCUGUGGGGAGGCCUGUUGCUGUGGGGGCGGGGCCUGCUUCAGGGGCGGGGAGGACAGCUGCGCCACCGCUAUGGAUUGUGGGAUGCUGGAGGACUGCUGUGAGUCCGACUGCCUGGAAAUCUGCUUCGAAUGUUGUUCCAUUUGCUUCCCAGCCUAGGAAAAGGAACUGUCUUUCCUUCCCCACCUGACUGCACCGUUCCGCCUUUCCUUAGAGGAUCAACACUUUAAACUGUAGAGAGAACGGGAGGCUCUUAUACUCUCUGAACAGCCUCCCUCUGCUCUGUGCUGGUAGAGCAGAGAAAGGGAGGCUCUUAUACUCUCUGAACAGCCUCCCUCUGCUCUGUGCUGGUGGAGCAGAGAGAGAGAGAAAGGGAGGCUCUUCUACUCUCUGAACAGCCUCCCUCUGCUCUGUGCUGGUGGAGCAGAAAAAGGGAGGCUCUUAUACUCUCUGAACGGCCUCCCUCUGCUCUGUGCUGGUGGAGCAGAGAAAGAGAAAGGGAGGCUCUUCUACUCUCUGAACGGCCUCCCUCUGCUCUGUGCUGGUGGAGCAGAGAGAGAGAGAAAGGGAGGCUCUUCUACUCUCUGAACAGCCUCCCUCUGCUCUGUGCUGGUGGAGCAGAGAGAGAGAGAAAGGGAGGCUCUUAUACUCUCUGAACAGCCUCCCUCUGCUCUGUGCUGGUGGAGCAGAGAAAGAGAAAGGGAGGCUCUUCUACUCUCUGAACAGCCUCCCUCUGCUCUGUGCUGGUGGAGCAGAGAAAGAGAAAAGGAGGCUCUUCUACUCUCUGAACAGCCUCCCUCUGCUCUGUGCUGGUGGAGCAGAGAGAGAGAGAAAGGGAGGCUGUUAUACUCUCUGAACAGCCUCCCUCUGCUCUGUGCUGGUGGAGCAGAGAGAGAGAGAAAGGGAGGCUCUGUAUAUAACCCAAUGGUUUAAACAUGUUAAAAAUAAUAAUAAUAAUAAUAAUCAUCAAAAUUUUGCUACUGGUGCUUACAACUGGAUCGUCACGUGCAGCUGCUGUCAGAGCCGAGGUGACUCUGUGAUUGCUGAUGUUAUUUCUGGUUACGGUUUGCUGUAAAUACGUUAUGUUCUGGGAUUCUGAAAUAACAAAAUAAAGAGACUCUAAAAAAAAUCAAGUCCAAUGACGUCUUACUGAUUAUAAUAAUUACUGAAUAUAUUCCCGUAGCACAGAGAGGUCUGGUAAAGCACAGGGAAGCAUUGUAAAGCACAGAGAGGUCUGGUAAAGCAUAGGGAAGCAUUGUAAAGCACAGAGAGGUCUGGUAAAGCAUAGGGAAGCAUUGUAAAGCACAGAGAGGUCUGGUAAAGCAUAGGGAAGCAUUGUAAAGCACAGAGAGGUCUGGUAAAGCAUAGGGAAGCAUUGUAAAGCACAGAGAGGUCUGCUAAAGCAUAGGGAAGCAUUGUAAAGCACAGAGAGGUCUGGUAAAGCAUAGGGAAGCAUUGUAAAGCACAGAGAGGUCUGGUAAAGCAUAGGGAAGCAUUGUAAAGCACAGAGAGGUGUGGUAAAGCAUAGGGAAGCAUUGUAAAGCACAGAGAGGGAUGGGAAAGCAUAGGGAAGCAUUGUAAAGCACAGAGAGGUCUGGUAAAGCAUAGGGAAGCAUUGUAAAGCACAGAGAGGUCUGGUAAAGCAUAGGGAAGCAUUGUAAAGCACAGAGCGGUCUGGUAAAGCAUAUUAAAUACCACGUUAAGCUUACAGAAAGGGCACACAUACCGAUUGACGCCCAUUUUCAACUUUCACCGACAAAUAUCUGCGGCCCAGUUUUUUUAAAAAAAAUUUUUUAUUAACGAGCUGUGUCAAAGUAUUAGCUCGGAGAUUUACAGCUUCCCUUUGACGGCACUUUGAAGAGCGCCAGACCUGCGUCAGUGCCGGUCGACCCUCCUCCCCCAGGACACAGUUUGGAAAGCACCGCGUUACAGCUGGCGUGGGGCCCGCGCGCAGUUUCCUUCCAAAUUCAGAGCAACAUUCCUCACUUUUACAGUAGCAGAGAGGCAACCCAUAUAUAACAGAGUCCCACAGCGAAAUGCACAGCACAGUGUAAUAAAGCAUAACGCAGGGUAAAGCAUAGGGAAGCAUUGUAAAGCACAGAGAGGUCUGGUAAAGCAUAGGGAAGCAUUGUAAAGCACAGAGAGGUGUGGUAAAGCAUAGGGAAGCAUUGUAAAGCACAGAGAGGUGUG